AGGAUAAGUCUGCUUGGAGGACAGAUGAAGAAUUUGCCAGAGAAAUGCUGGCUGGAGUGAACCCUGUCAACAUCAGUCGUCUCCAAGAAUUUCCACCAGCAAGCAAACUAGACCCAAAAGUUUACGGUGAUCAAACUAGUACAAUAACAGAACAAGAUUUAGGGAAUACCAUGGAUGGACUACCAGUGGAUGAGGCAUUCAAGCAGAACAAGUUAUUCAUAUUAGAUCAUCAUGAUGCAUUGAUGCCAUACCUGAGGCGGAUAAACUCAACUUCCAACAAGAUCUAUGCUAGCAGAACAGUUCUUUUCUUGAAAAGUGAUGGAACUUUGAAGCCAUUGGUGAUUGAAUUAAGCUUGCCUCAUCCUGAUGGAGAUCGAUUUGGUCGCAUUAGUAAAGUAUAUACACCAGCUGAAGAAGGUGUAGAAGCCUCCAUAUGGCAACUGGCUAAAGCUUAUGUGGCUGUAAAUGACUCUGGAUAUCAUCAACUUAUCAGUCACUGGUUGAACACCCAUGCAGUGUGUGAGCCAGUUGUAAUAGCUACAAACAGGCAGCUAAGCGUGGUUCACCCAAUUUACAAACUUCUGCAUCCUCACUUCCGUGACACCAUGAACAUAAAUGCAUUUGCCAGGCAAAUCCUGAUUAAUGCUGGCGGCAUUCUGGAGACAACAGUUUUUCCAGCUAGGUAUGCCAUGGAGUUGUCAUCAGUGGUUUAUAAGGAUUGGGUUUUCACUGAGCAAGCUUUCCCUGAAGAUCUCAUCAAGAGAGGAGUUGCGGUCAAGGAUGAAAAUUCUCCACAUGGUCUUCGCCUACUGAUCGAGGACUAUCCAUAUGCCGUUGAUGGGAUUGAAAUCUGGUUUGCAAUUAAAACUUGGGUUGAAGACUAUUGCUCUUUCUACUACAAGACUGAUGACAUAAUUCAAAAAGACACUGAACUCCAAUCCUGGUGGAAGGAGCUUGUAGAGGAAGGCCAUGGUGACAAAAAAGAUGAGCCCUGGUGGCCUAAAAUGCAGACUCGCGAAGACCUGGUAGAAACAUGCACUAUCAUCAUAUGGACUGCUUCUGCUCUCCACGCAGCUGUCAACUUUGGACAGUACCCUUAUGCAGGCUACCUCCCCAACCGCCCUACUAUAAGCCGAAAAUUCAUGCCUGAGAAGGGAACUCCUGAGUACAAAGAGCUCGAAUCCAGCCCCGAUACAGUUUUCUUGAAAACAAUUACUGCUCAGCUGCAGAUAGUGCUUGGCAUUGCCCUUAUUGAAAUUCUGUCAAGGCAUUCUACUGAUGAAGUGUAUUUGGGGCAGAGAGACACUCCUGAGUGGACAGCAGACACAGAACCAUUGAAAGCCUUUGAUAAAUUUGGAAAGAAACUGGCUGAAAUUGAGGACAGAAUUACAAGUAUGAACAAUGAUGAGAAACUGAAGAACCGAGUUGGACCGGUGAAGGUGCCCUACACUUUGCUAUUUCCUACUAGCGAAGGAGGACUUACUGGCAGGGGAAUUCCCAACAGUGUCUCAAUCUAAGUGGGAAGCCUUUGAAGCUGCUAU